AUGAGAAUCAGUCUGCUGAUGCUGUGGGUGGGGGAGUUUUUCUUACUUUCUGGGUGGCUCCAGACUGGGCACUGUCAACAUCACAGCCACCCAGAAGUGGUAAUACCCUUGAGGGUAACUGGCACUGAGAAAGAUAUGAAGACUAAAGGCUGGCUCUCCUAUAGACUGCAAAUUGCAGGCCACAGAUACAUCCUCCACACGAAAGUCAAGAAGAAUGUGAUAACCAGACACUUCUCCAUUUUCACCUACUCAGACCAAGGUGCUCUCAUUAAGGACCAGCCUUUUGUGCGGGAGGGAUGCUACUAUCAUGGUUAUGUGGAAGGAGACCCAGAAUCCAUGGUUGCUGUUAGCACCUGUUUUGGGGGCUUUCAAGGGAUGUUACAGAUAAAUGACACUAUUUAUGAGAUCAAGCCAAAACCGUUUUCUUCCAAAUUUGAACAUCUAGUUUAUAAGGUGGACAGUGAGGAUACUAUGACUUGUGGAUUAACAGAAGAAGAGAUAGCACAGCAACUGAAGAAGCAUAAACCUAAUAAUCCCUUUCUGAUGCAAAGUGAUUAUCAGGGCUGGUGGACCCAUCGAUGGUUUAUAGAACUUGCGAUGGUUGUAGACCAAGAACGAUUCUUUCAUAAGGGCAGUAAUAUCUCAGCUGUGGAAGAUGAAGUAAUCGAGCUUAUAAAUCUGCUUAAUUCUGUUUAUGAGCAUAUGGACGUGGAAUUGUUUUUACCUGGAAUAGAAAUUUGGAAUGAAGGGAAUCCCAUACCACCAGCAAACAUAAGUUAUUUCCUAACAGAAUUUUGCAAAUGGAAGAGAUCUAAUCUAGAUAUUCGUAUGCCCCAUGAUGUUGUUCAUCUUUUAAUAAAGGCUGGGUUUGGUAUAUAUCUUGGAUUGGCCUAUGUUGGAACAGUGUGUAAUUCAUUUUAUAAUUGUGCAGUUAAUAGUUUCAGGACUGAUGCACUGGUUAGCUUUUCAUACAUUCUGGCACAUGAGCUUGGUCAUAAUUUGGGUAUAUAUCAUGAUACUGCAACCUGUAAAUGUAAGGAUAGAGUAUGCAUAAUGUAUCCAACUGCAUCAGCCGCAACAAAAUUCAGCAACUGCAGUUAUGCUCAAUAUUGGGGAUACUCUAUAAGAACGCACUGUAUGCGCAGCCCUCCAAAUCCAGAGUCUCUCUUCACAAAACAUCGUUGUGGAAAUGCUGUUGUUGAAGAAGAAGAGAAAUGUGACUGUGGGUCUUUAGGAUCCUGUACAAAUGAUCCCUGUUGUUCGACAGACUGCACUCUGGUACCUGGGGCUUCUUGUGCUUUUGGCAGUUGUUGUAAGGACUGCCAGUUUGUGCCAUCAGGCCAGGUAUGUCGAGAACAAGGUAGUGAAUGUGAUCUUCCAGAGUGGUGCAAUGGAACUUGGCAUGAGUGUCCAGAUGAUGUGUAUGUACAGGAUGGAAGUCCUUGCUUGGGCAUGGGUUACUGCUAUGAAAAGAGAUGUAAUUUCCGUGAUGAACAGUGCCGGAAAAUUUUUGGCAAGAAAGCCAGGAGUGCAAAUGAGAUGUGCUAUAGAGAAAUGAACACCCGUGGUGACCGUUUUGGUAACUGUGGUACCACCACAACUGCAUAUAGAGCAUGUGCUAUUGCCGAUAUUUUGUGUGGAAGAAUUCAGUGUGAGAACGUGACAGAAAUUCCCUCACUAGCAAGUCAUUCUACUGUGCAUAUAACUCGUUUCGCUGGUCACAGCUGCUGGGGGGUCGACUACCACUUUGGGAUGACUGCACUUGAUAUUGGUGAUGUGAAAGAUGGAACAGAGUGUGGUAAACAGCGGGUGUGCAUUCACAGGAGGUGUGUCCCUGAGCCAGUUUGGGAUAGUAAGUGCAUUCCUGAAAUGUGCAACAUGCAUGGAAUAUGCAACAGUAAACAUCACUGUCACUGUGGCAAGAAGUGGGCCCCACCAAACUGCAGGACAAAAGGAAAUGGAGGUAGUAUCGAUAGUGGCCCACCCCCUGAGCAAAAACAUGAGGAAACUGCGCAAAAACGUGAGCCUGACCGUGGAAUUUCUAAGUUUUGGAUUCCUUUUUUGGUGUUCUUAAACUGUGUUUUGAUUCUGUGUUGCUGCUGUUUCAUUUGCUCUCCACUUCAGAAAAAAGAAGAUACACCAGAACCACCAGAACAAAAAUCAGACUUACCAAAGACAAACUAA